AUGCCCUACUCCUUCGACGAGUAUGUGUGCAUCGCCUUGACGUCGACACCAUCACUCGUCCCCACCUCCACUCGCGCUGCCCUCCGGGAUCCCCAUUGGCUAGCUGCGAUGCAGGAUGAGUUCGAUGCCCUACAGCACUACCGCACGUGGCAGCUUGUUCCGCGACCCCCUCGUGCCAAUAUCAUCACUGGUAAGUGGGUGUUUCGCCACAAGACUCGCCCGGACGGUUCUCUCGAGCGCUACAAGGCUUGGUGGGUGGUUCGUGGAUUUUGGCAGCGCGCGGGCAUGGAUUUCACCGAUACCUUCGCCCCGGUUGUUAAACCGGGCACAAUGCGCGCCAUGCUCCAGUUGGCGGUCUCGCGCGCCUGGCCUGUGCACCAGUUGGAUGUCUCCAACGCCUUCUUGCACGGCCAUCUUGCUGAGUAG